GCCAGACUCAAGCGUCCACCUUUUCUCACCGACACCGACUCCAGCGCGUGAGAAAUGGUUUCUCCGGUCACGGUGGUGAAGAGCGAGGGCCCGAAGCUGGUGCCGUUCUUCAAGGCGACCUGCGUGUACUUCGUGCUGUGGCUGCCCACCUCCAGCCCGUCGUGGUUCAGCGCCCUCAUCAAGUGUCUGCCCAUCUUCUGCCUGUGGGUCUUCCUCCUGGCCCACGGCUUCAGCUUCCUCGGCGCCCACUCCAGCGCUCGCAAGAUCCUGGCCGGCCUCAUCUUCUCGGCGCUGGGAGACGCCUUCCUCAUCUGGCAGGAGCAGGGCUACUUCGUCCACGGACUCCUGAUGUUCGCCAUCACUCACAUCCUCUACUCGUCGGCCUUCGGGAUGAAGCCCCUUAACAUGCGAGCGGGCCUGGUCAUCGCCGGCGUGUCGUCCCUGAGCUACCUGCUGCUGUACCCCUACCUGUCGGGGCCCUUCACCUACCUGGUGGCGGUCUACAUCGGCCUGAUCGGCUUCAUGGGCUGGAGGGCCAUCGCCGGCCUGCAGCUGGCCAACGACCUGUGGACCUGGACCAAGCUGUCCGCCUGCCUGGGCGCCGUCCUCUUCAUGGUGUCCGACCUCACCAUCGCCGUCAACAAGUUCUGCUUCCCCGUGCCCCACUCGCGAGCGAUCAUCAUGGCCACCUACUACGCGGCGCAGAUGCUGAUCGCGCUGUCGGCCGUGGAGUGCCAGGACGUGGAGGUGGCCAGGAAGAAGAGAACAUGAGCGGGCGCCACGGAGGCGGCGGCUCCCCUCGCUUUGACCCCCAGCGAUCGUGGACACAUCACACUGCCAGAUCCCCGACCCCCGGCCUUCAUCUCAGUGUGGCGCCCUCACGCCGCUGUUACCAUGGCGACUGUUCCCCCACAGUCCGUCCGUGGUUGUCGCCCUGGUGUCCCACUAGUAUGGUAGUCUUACAUGUCUUCUCAGCGUGAAGACUUUGUGGUAUUAUCUUCAGUCCUACCUGCCUCCUUCAGACCCUGAGCGGCUGUCUCUCUACCGAGUUACCAUGACAACAGGAGUAGUAAUAUUAACCUAUUUUGAGUAUUACUUUACUUUUAACCAUUUUAAUUUGAUGGGAGCAUGUCACUUGACAAUUUUAUGGUGUGUAUGUGAGUGUGUGAGCGUGUGUGAGUGUGAAUGUGUGUCUUUAUUUGUUAGAUUAACACUCUUACCUCGAUUUCAGUCUUUUCACACACUGACAUCCAAACAGUAACACAAUCCACCCUUUUAUUUUGCUCCUCCGUGUUGUUGCCAGUGACCUGGUUUUUAAAGGGAGUGUAUGCUGUUUGAUUUUUUUUUUUGUUCAUUUUGUUGUUUUGAUGUGUGUUCCCCUGAAUUAAGGGUGCUAUUCUCUCAGUCAGGAUCGUAUCCUCGCCGGUUCUGUUAUCAGCUGUCUUUUCCAUUUCACUCACAGAAACCACACUGCCUUUGUUCACCCCGCUAUUUAAUCUCCCAGCCCCAGUGUCUGUGAACCAGUUUAAAUGUUGUUUUCCUAACCAGCAAGACACAGGAAGGAGGAGGGAGACAAAAACGAGCCGGCGCGAUGUGAAGGCGGGAAUGGAAAGUGGCCCGACUGCAAAAAAAAAAAAAAAAAAAAAAAAAGAAUGUGUAUUUCAGCUUUGACGAUCAAA